AUGGAAAGCUAUGCAUUACGUGAUAUGUUGAAAUCUGAUUUAUGGAAAAAAAUAAAAGUUUUUUGUUCAGAUGGUGAUGUUAAAGAUUCAACAAUGAUAGAGAAUUCUGGUGCACAAUUAUCACAUGUAAGAGAUCCAAAUCAUGUGAUAAAAUCAGCAUUUUCAAAAAUUGUCACUAAAUAUCCUAAAUUUGAAAAAAUAUUUAGGAUCCUUUUUGCAUGCCCAACAUUAAAACCAGAGCAAAAGGUUCAGAGAUGGAUGGGAUUAAUUAAUAGAUAUCCAGGAGAAUCACCAGAGCAUAUCGAAAAAAGAGAAAUUAUUACAAAUAUUGCUCCAUUGUUUCUAAGAAUCAGCAAACAAUAUCAUACAAAUUUCAACCAAGCUUUCAAUUCAUUGAAAGCCCAUUUAGUCCCAAAAAAUCUUCGUUGGAUUAUUGGAUUUCCAGCCAGAAUUUUUGUUUCUGUAUUUACGUAUAAUGAAGACAAUUGGAAGACAAAACUAAGAAGAUUAAUGGGUAUAGAUGAUUCUUAUUUUGAUGAAGAUAUUUUACAAGUUAUAUUAAAUUUCGAAAAUAAAUCCGAUUAUGACCAUAUCAGAAGAACUUCGGAAAACUACAGAAAUCAUAACAGAUGCGUUCAUUACAUUCCAGAUGAAAUUGACCCAGAAUUCGCUGACUUCGUUCCUCAUAAACCGUCAAAAGCUGGAUCCAGAUCCGAAAAAAUUGAAUACACUGACGAUGAGGAUCCGCCAGCGGAUGAAGAACCGUCAGAAUCUGAAAAUCUUUCACUUCCAACAGAUUAUCCAAAAUUCAACAUAAAAUCUAUAUUUGGUUCCGAUAUCAAAGUACCACCAGAUUGGA